CUGAAACGAUGGAAAUGAGUCCGAUCUGGAAAAACGAUGGGAGACACUGAAAACAGGAAUAAAAUCCAAAAACAGAGAAAAACUGAGCUGAACUCUGUUCAGAGGCUCAGAGCCAGAGCCACAGACCCUCCAGGACCCUCCAGGACCCUCCUGGACCCUCCUGGACCCUCCUGGACCCUCCUGGACCCUCCAGGACCCCCUUAGUAUCACGACCUGGUGCUGCCCCCCGGUGGAAUCAUGGAGGAAUCAUACAUUCAAAUAUAGUGCCCACUGCGGCUCUGCUGAGACCUCAGCUGUUGCCGUGGUUACAGCAGCAUCAUGGGCCCCGAGCGGACGGCGGCGGUCCCGUUCGGAGACGUCUCGGCCAUCAGGGGUCUGUGGGAGGUCCGGGUGAAGAAGCACCGGCAGCGGCAGAGGAAGGAGCGGGAGCGGGUGGAGCAGAGCGCCCUGGCCAGGAUUGACCAGCAGUGGCAGUAUCGCAUCUACUGCAAAACAUUAAAAACCUCCGAACGGAAUCUGCUGCAUCAAUACCUGGAGAGAUCAACACUGACAGGGGUCCCGUGCAAAGAGGCUGAGCAGCAGCAGGAUCCACUGCUGGUUCUGAAGGAUCAGGCGGACCUGAGGGACCGCCUGACGUUCCGGCUGGAGGGGAGCAGUGUGAUGCGCUUCCCCACAGAGCUGCAGUGGAUGACCUACCUGACGGAGCUGCAGGUCUCCGGGACCCGGAUCCAGCUGCUGCCGGACUUCCUGGACCGCUUCACCCGGCUCUCCGUCCUGCGGGUCCCCAACAACCGCCUCCGCCAGCUGCCGGCCGAGUUGGGUCGGCUGACGGAGCUGACGGAGCUGGACGUCAGCUACAACCGUCUCUCCAGGAUUCCUCCGGAGCUCGGAAACUGUGAGAAGCUGCUGAAGCUGGAAGUGAGAGGAAACCAGGGGCUGAGCGAGCUGCCCUUCGAGCUCAGCAGCCUGAAGCAGCUGGUCCUCCUGGAUCUGUCUCAGAACGUCUUCGUCUCGGUGCCGAUCUGCGCUCUGAGGAUGGAACGUCUGCAGGUUCUGGAUCUGAGCUGCAACCGGCUGACGGACCUGCCAGAGGACAUGGACCGCCUCCAGCAGCUCUCCAGCCUCUUCCUCCAUCAGAACCGUCUCUCUUACCUUCCUCACUGUCUGACCCUCAUCCCGGCCCUGAGGACCGUGGUGGUCUCCGGGGACCAGCUGACCUGCGUCCCCACCCGGCUGGUGAGGGGCCCAGGGGUCAGAUUCAUCCGUCUCUAUGACAACAGCAGCGCAGCGGAGAGGAAGAGGGCGGAGCAGCAGCAGCAGGGGGCGGGGCCGGGGGCGGGGCCAGGGCCGGGGGGGAGGAGCAGGUGGAGGUGGAGGCAGCGGGAGGAGCAGGAGCAGGAGGAGCACAAGGACAGCAGGGAGAAGGAGUUCAUGGACGCCUACAUCAGCUCCCUGGAGGACCGGGACACCGUACCUGAAUGCACCACCAAGGUCUCCAUCUCCUGCCUGCUGUGAGGAAGAGGAGGAGGAGGAAGAGUGAGACAGGAAGUGAGCUGCAGCAGUUGGACGCCACGUUGACAGAACAGAAAGUAUAAAAAGGAAAGAAGUUUUUAAAGUUUGUCAAGUUUUGGAUUUUCGUUUGUUUUUUUCUGUUUUCAGCCUGAAAUUUACGACCAAAGUUUUUUUGUUUUUGUUUCUACAGAAACAAAAU